AUGGCACGGGACAAGAGAAAAACAAAAGAUGAAGUGAAGCAGUCUAAGGUGGUAGAGAGGAAUGAACCCCAGAACACUGUGGAAUCCAGGAAAAUAGAAACGCACAUGAUAACACUUCCAACUGCUGUGAAGAAGGCUGCAGACAUCCCAGAUAAAAAAAGCACAGAUCCAAAAUACAGUGGUCCCUCAGAGGGGCCAUUUGGUUUUGGGCCUCUCGUUUUUCCUUGUUUACAGCGUUUCAACAACGUUAAGUUCUUCCUGAUUAUGUGCUGUUUAGUGACCCUGCCUCAUGGUAUGAUAUUUGCUCUUGUUGACCUGAGUUUAAAAGUAUAUGUGUCUCAACUUUCCCCGUCAGUUUCAGAGGCAUUCCUAAUGGAUGUUACUGAUUAUGGUAGCUCUUUCUUGGUAUCAAUACUUGUAGCACACUUUGGAGGUCGAGGGAACAGAGCAAGAUGGAUGGCAGCUGCGAGCAUUGUAACAGGGAUUGCUGCAAUUGUUUUUGGUGCACCUUACUUUUAUUAUGAAAUUAUAAGACUUGGCGCAGUAGUGGAAGAGCAUUUGUGCAUUUAUGGAAGAAAACCUAAAGUUUGUGGGGCAUCAGUAAUACCACACAAAUUAAUAUGUGUAUAUCUCUUCAUCCUCGGGCAGUUCCUCCAUGGAAUAGCAGGAAUACCACUUCAUGUGCUUGCCAUAACUUUCAUUUUUGACCACGUUCCCACAUUCUCAGCUGGAUUAUAUUUAGCUAUUGCAGAUGCUUCACUAACAUUCGGAUACAUUAUGGGUUUUCUACUAGGACUAAAAAAUUUUCAGAUGCCUGUGAAAGAAGCUAUGAAAGCAGUUGGACAUGUUCAGAAAUUUCGAAUAUUGCAGAAUGGUUGGUGGAAAACUUACAUUUUUAUUGCUAUAGGCUCACUUUGUACAACUUUACCGCUGCUCUGUUUUCCAUCUAAUUUACCUGGUGCACACAAGAUAAGACUUGCAAAAAAUCAGGAACAUCCCUGCAUUGACAAGAGACUUAUAAAUAAGGAAAUCAAGCCUAAUUUGAAAAGUGUUCUCCAUGCUAUAUGGUGUCUACUGAGGAACCCAGUGAUGUUGACCCAGAUAUUCUGCAAAAUCACAGAGUCUUUGACUUUUAAGGCAUCCUCACACUUUUUGCCCCUAUAUUUACAAACUCAUUUUUUAUUGACGCCAGUACAUUCUGCUAUGCUCACAGGACUUUUUAUAUUUCCAGGAUGUAUUGUUGGCCGUUUUUGUGGAGGCUAUAUUGUUGACAAAUUGAAAAUGAAUAUUAAGAACAAAUUGAAAUUUAUAACGGCAGUAUCUGCUAUAUCAAUUCUACUUUUCCUAUUUCUGAUUACUGUGAACUGUGAAACAGCAAGAUUUCCUGGAAUCAAUGAUGAUUAUGAUGGAUUUGGGGAAAUUGGAAAUCUUAGAGCUCCAUGCAAUGAGAACUGUGGUUGUACAUCUACUUCCUAUACUGCUAUAUGUGGACGAAAUGAGAAACAAUAUUUCUCUCCCUGCUUUGCAGGGUGCAGUGCUUCUAAACGCCUAAAGACAGAAAAGGCAUACUACAAUUGUUCUUGCAUUAAAGAAGGAUUGACAUCUCCUGAUGAGGAAGGCCAAUAUAUUGAUGCAUUUUCUGGAACAUGUAAUACCAAAUGUCUUACUUUACCUUUAUUUUUUGCCUUUUACUUUUCUGCGGCCAUUUAUUCUAAUCUCAGUUGUAUACCUGCCCUCCUGAUUAUCAUGGAAACUGUACCUACCAGUUGGACUUCAAUAAGCCUGGGUGUGACAUUUACACUUUUGAAAUUCAUUGGAUUUGUCCCUUCACCACUAUUUUUCCAAACAGUAUCAAGUUUAUGUUGUACUUUCUGGGACAUUAAUGAAUGUGGAAGAAAAGUACGUUGUUGGAUCUAUCAUAAGGAAAAAUUGGUCUACACAUUUAUGGGAACAUGGAUUAGCACGCAAAUAGCCACAGGCAUUUUUUGUCUUUACGCGAUCUGCAGACAUGAUUACAUGGUAGAAGAAAACGCUAAAACUCUGGCUACAUCUGUGAGACUGGCUAAACCUGUGAAGGAUAAAAAAGCAAAAAAUAAAGAAAAGAAGAUGAUUAAUUUCUAA